GUCGAUGAUGGUUUCCUCGAAGGAUAUUUCUCCCCGUGACUCUUGGCUGAUGAGUCUUUGUUUCAGCUUGAGACAGAUCCCGGUCGUCGCAGGGCGGUUAGAUCUUCUCUCGGUGCGUCCGUCUUGUCGUGGCCGACACUGGGGCUAUUUAAAUCUCACAAUUCAUCAUGGUCGUUGCACGAACCAUCUACCCUUCCGCCGAUACUUCAGACUGUUUUAUACUUCCCGACCUGAUCUCAUGCUGUUCCUUCCCUCUUCGUCGCCAUCCAAAAGCUGAGGCGGUCGCUGCUGCAUCCGAUCGGUGGCUAGACACAAACUGCCCUGGGCUGUCGCCGAAGAAGCGCACCGCCCUCUAUGCUCUCAAGUGCGGGAUGAUCACAGCUCAUUGCUACCCCGAUGCAGAUGAAGAGCGCUUCCGAAUCGUCGCCGACUUUCUGGUUUACCUCUUUCAUCUGGACAAUAUCUCCGACGAAAUGGCCAUUCAAGGCACGGAACAACUAGCGGAUAUUGUUAUGAAUGCACUGUGGUUUCCGGAGCGGUAUAUGCCGACGCAUCAACCCGGGAAGGAGCAUCCACUCAAAGAGCCCAGUGUCGCCAAACUGACGAGAGACUUUUGGUCUCGUUGCAUAAAAGACGCGAAGGCAGGGCCCCAGGCACGCUUCAAAGAGAACAUGGGGCUGUUCUUUGCUGCUGUCCAGCAACAGGCCAGCGACCGGCACUCUGAUAAAAUCCCUGAUCUUGAAUCAUAUAUCGCUAUGCGUCGAGAUACAAGCGGAUGUAAACCUUCGUUUGACCUCAUUGAGUACGCGAUGGGACUUGAUCUACCGGACUUCGUCGCGGAUCAUCCCACAUUGAGGGCACUUAAUCAAGCUGCCAAUGAUCUGGUAACAUGGAGUAAUGACAUAUUCUCCUACAACGUUGAACAAGCUAGAGGUGACACGCACAAUAUGGUCGCUAUUCUUAUGGCGCAUUACGGAAUGAGUGUACAAGCCGCUGUCGACUUCGUCGGUGACUUGUGCAAACAGACCAUGGACACGUUUGUGCAGAACCAGGAACGGCUGCCAUCGUGGGGCCCGGAGGUUGACACGGAGGUCGCGCUUUACGUCAAAGGGUUGCAGGAUUGGAUGGUUGGCUCGUUGCAUUGGAGCUUCAUGACGGAGCGCUAUUUCGGCAAACUGGGCCCGGAGAUCAAGGAGCACCGUAUCGUCAAGUUGCUUCCCAGGAAAGUGAAGGCGUAAAGUGGCGGCCACUCCUCAGUUUCGUUUCGCUGUGCUUUUAUCAGAUUCAUGCCAAGUAGUGCCGGUCCACUUUCUUGUUGCUGACGUUCUACGCUGAUUAUGGUGCACUAACCAGCGCAUUCACUAGACAAUACUCUAGACUCCUUAGAUUAUACUCCAUGACGUAUAUUAGACUCCUGUUCUGAUAUUCUAAUUGUAUGAUAGAUCAUGGGCAUUUAAUUACAGUAGUUCGUAAUGUCAGUCACUUUUUUGACGCAUUGCUUCCGCCACCAUACCAAUCUUCCGAG